UUCCUUGUCAAGUAAACAAUUUCGAGAAUAUUUAUUCGUUAGAAAUUUGUUAUUCUUAUUAUAUUUUUUUUUUUGAAAUUCCACCAUGCAAUGCCGGAAAAAGUCGAACGUAUUCUUUAUCGAUAAUGUAAACACUUGCAUGUUUGGGUUGAAGUCUUCGACUCAGGAAGCAUUGGAAUUGGGUGCCAAGACGCCGGAAAACUAUACCAGACAACGUAAUGUUUCUAAAAAAAUACUAAACUUCCGGUCGUUAUCCUCAAAACAGUAUCCUGAAAUGGCGGCUUCAGGAAUACCCCCUCUGAAACCACAGCCCCUAUCUUCGGUUUACUCACAUGACUACUCCGAUCAUAGUGCCAUUGGACAAAAGAUGAAGCCUCCCUGCAAGAUUGAGGAAGUCCUGCCAGAUGCGGAAUACUGUCGACGCCCCAUCAAUGUGUUCUACAUGCUUCCUUCAAGCAGAUUCAAGUUUAUGGACGACCACCUAAAAACAGAUCUUGUCCCAGAACGUCGAAAAAAGAUUGACUUUUUCCGUCAAAUAAGGAAUCAAACUUUAUUAUUUUAAUGAAGAAAAUUU